AUGCCGAAUAGAAAUAGAAAUCAAUCAAGAGAGGGAAAUGAAGAAAAUGCUAAUGAACAACAAGAAAAUGCUGUUACACCAGUAGAUGAACAAAAUAAUAAUGUUGCUAAUAAUAAUAAUCCCAAUCCCACUCCUCCUGCUCCAGCACGUGCAUCAACAUGGGAUACAAUAAAAUCAAUGGCUUUCCGGAUGUUAAUGUUUUAUUUCGUUACACAAUUUUUCCGUCGUUCACCUGCAAGUAAUACUGCUGGAAAUAGUACACUAUCAACAAAUCUUAAUAGUGGUUUUACUCCCGGUAAUCUUUAUGCAAAUGGAGAUUUACUUGUAAUGAAUUUUUCUUUCGAAAAAAAAA